UACAAGCCGAGCUGGCAAGCCGAGACGGUUUCUUGUUGUUGCUUCUGGUUAUACUUUCUUUAAAUAAGUUGGGUAUAUGCAUGAACCAAUGUAAAUACCAAUGAUUCCUUCACGAUUGGAUGUUUAAUUCCAAAUUUCCUUCACACUUUCAUGUGAUCAUUAUUAUAAAAAAAUCCUCUCGCUAUCUGUUCAUGCCUAAUUUCAACUAGUUGAGUGGGUGGAGAUCCUCCAUUACAAUUUACAGCUACUUUUUCUAUAAAUCAACGUAAUCACGAUAUCUCAUCCGUAUCUUGAUUUAGUGAUUUACUAUCAUCGUUGAUGUUACUAAUUUCCCAGAAAUUCAGGAGAUAACUGAUUGAUGUGAAGUGAUCGCAGUCCAAUAAUUCGGUUUUCAGGAAACCCCAUGAGAAAUAGGGAAGAACUUUGUGCCGAAAGUGGAGGAUUCCGACAGUUCCUUUGCUUUGCGUUUAGGAAAAGCAAAGAAAGUUUUCGCAAUUGGGAUUUGGAAGAUUGAGGAAAUAGCAAAGUCAGGGGUUUAUUGUUAUUUUAAUAGUGCUUUUUUGAGGAAUUGGAGAUCGAAGAAGAUCUAUUUGUAGCAAAUAUGGCGACAUAUGUUGAGCCUCCAAACGGAUUCAGGCAAAUCGGGAAGCAUUAUUACACUAUAUGGCAACAAUUGUUUGAAAUCGAUACAAAAUACAUUCCGAUCAAACCAAUUGGGAGAGGAGCAUAUGGUGUUGUUUGUUCUUCAAUCAACAGAGAAACAAACGAGAAAGUCGCAAUCAAGAAGAUCAACAAUGUGUUUGGAAACCCAACUGAUGCGUUAAGAACCCUAAGAGAAUUAAAGCUUCUACGACAUAUCAGACAUGAAAAUGUAAUCGGAUUGAAAGACGUCAUGUUUCCGAUUUACAGGAAUAGCUUCAAAGAUGUUUAUCUCGUUUACGAGUUAAUGGAUACCGAUCUUCAUCAUAUCAUUAAAUCGUCACAACCUCUAUCAAACGAUCACUGCAAAUUCUUCUUAUUUCAGUUGCUUCGAGGUCUGAAGUAUCUUCACUCUGCUAAUGUCCUCCAUCGUGACCUAAAACCUGGAAACCUCCUCGUGAACGCAAAUUGCGAACUGAAAAUCUGCGAUUUUGGACUGGCGAGAACGAGCCAAGGAAGCGAACAGUUCAUGACGGAAUACGUCGUCACACGGUGGUACAGAGCACCGGAGCUUCUCCUCUGUUGCGACAACUACGGGACCUCCAUUGAUGUGUGGUCAGUCGGAUGCAUCUUCGCCGAAAUCCUCGGCCGGAAACCGCUUUUUCCGGGAACGGAGUGCCUGAAUCAACUGAAACUGAUAAUCAACAUUCUCGGGAGUCAAAACGAAGAUGAUAUUGGAUUCAUCGACAACGCAAAAGCUCGAAGGUUUAUAAAAACUUUGCCUUUCACAAGAGGGAUUUGUCUUUCUUCUUUAUACCCGGCGGCGGAUCCUUUAGCUUUGGACUUGCUGCGGCGGAUGCUGGUGUUUGAUCCGGCGAAGAGGAUAACGGUGACGGAGGCUCUGCAACAUCCGUACAUGGCGGGUUUGUUUGACCCGAGACAAAACCCGGGUGCCCAAAUGGCGAUUAAUUUGGAUCUUGAUGAGAAUAUGAAUGAAGAGAUGAUUAGGGAAGAGAUGUUGAGGGAGAUGUUGCAUUAUCAUCCUGAAGCUGCAUAUCAAAUGGUGUUUCAAAGAUAGUUUAUUUUUGGAAUUUUGUUUAUUAUUUGCUCUAGAAACUAAAAAUGGUGUAAAACCUUAAAGCAUAAUGUGGGGCUUUUGGUUUUGAUUAUUCUUGUAAUUUGGAUUGUAAAAUCUUUAGUUUUAUGUAAUUUUUGUUUUGAAUCCCUA